AUGAAGUACAUCGUGGUAUCUGGAGGCGUCAUUUCUGGGACAGGGAAGGGCAUUGUCGCUUCGAGUGCAGGUUUGCUGCUGCAAAGCAAAGGGUUUGUCGUCACCGCCAUCAAGAUAGACCCCUACAUCAACAUCGAUUCCGGCACUAUGAGCCCACUCCACCAUGGAGAGAUCUAUGUGACGGACGAUGGGGGUGAGGUUAAUCUUGACCUUGGCAAUUUUGAGCGUUACCUUUCGACCACUCUCCAGCGUGACAUCAUCUCUAGGGAACGGACCGGCAACUACUUAGGAAAAACUGUUCAGGUGGUGCCUCAUUUCACCAACGCCAUACAAGAAUACAUCGAACGGACCGCGAAGAUACCUGUGGACGAGUCCCAAGCCGAGCCUGAUGUGUGUAUUAUUGAGCUAGGUGGGACAGUGGGCGAUAUCGAAAGUUCGCCUUUCAUCUACGCUCUCGCCCAGCUUCGAAAGAGGGUCGGCAAAGAAAAUUUCGUUCAAAUUCACGUAGCUUAUGUCCCUGUUGUGCCACCGGGAGCUUCUGGCGAGCAAAAGACGAAGCCGACUCAACGAUCCAUUUCCGACGUUCGGAGCGCUGGGUUGAGCCCACUUCUAGUCGCCUGCCGCUGCGAGGUGCCAUUGGAUCCAGGUACCAUCCAAAAAAUCGCCAAUAUGUGCUCAAUGGAGCCGGAACAGGUCAUUUCCGUACAUGACGGAUCAACCACAUACCACGUACCGCUUCUCCUCGAGAAACAGAAUCUUCUGGGCAUCCUCUGCGAGCACCUCGACCUUCGACUUGAUCGAUUACACCCCGGCAAGCGUAUGUGGGACAACUGGGUUUAUGUUGUUCGAAGUCAAGAUACUAUCAUCGACACAAUAUCAAUCGCGCUUGUUGGAAAAUACACAUCCAAUAAAGAUGCCUACCUCAGCGUCUCUAAGUCGAUCGAACACGCGGCCAUGUACUGCCACAAGAAAGUCAAGAUUAUAUGGAUUGACGCGGCACAUCUCGAGGAGGAGACUUAUCGCACCUCUGCAGUCAAGUAUCACAAAGCUUGGCAUGAUCUCUGUAGCGUCAAGGGCAUUGUUGUACCUGGUGGCUUUGGUACUCACGGUACCGGCGGGAUGAUCAGGGCAAUCACUUGGGCAAGGACUAAUAAAAAGCCAUUCCUAGGUGUAUGCCUUGGCAUGCAACUCACAGUGGUUGAAUAUGCCCGCCAUGUCAUGGGUAUCCCAGACGCUGGAAGCCAAGAGCUCCAUCCAGAAUCCAAGAACCAUGUGAUCAUUUACAUGCCUGAACAUAAUCAGGAGAAUGGCCGUGACGCCAUGCGUCUGGGCAAGCAUCCAUGCAUCUUCAAGGAGGGUACCGAGUGGUCAAAGCUACGAUCCUUGUAUGGUCCCACGAUUUCCCAAAUUGAGGAGCGUCACCGGAACCAGUACGAAAUCAACCCGGAAAUGGUCGAGGGGCUUGAGAAAGCCGGUCUUGCUGUUGUUGGCAAAGAUCCUACCGGCAAGCGUAUCGAGAUUAUUGAGAUCCGCGAUCAUCCCUUUUUCGUCGGCGUGCAAUUCCGCCCUGAAUACUUGAGCCGUGUGUUGCGGCCGAGCAAGGUCUUCCUCGGCUUCUUUGCUGCUGCUGCUCGGUGCUUGGAGAAGAUCCCUAUGGCAUUGAAACAGGGCCAGCAAAGUCUUGUGGAAGAAUAUUAA